AUGACGGCAAUUUGCAGUUCUGAUGGUGGUGGCCAUGGAGGCUUACGGCUGACGACGAGGUUGAUGGUGGUGGAGAUAGGGUUGGCGGCGACAAGUCAUGUUUGCUAUAAAGUUGACGGAAUUCCAUAUAUACUAAAGGAAGAUUUGAAGUUAGAGAGAAAAGUUGAUAAGCCUUCUAUUAAGAGUAUUCAUAUGGAAAACGGACAAAUUGUUGAUUGCAUUGACAUUUACAAACAACCAUCCUUUGACCAUCCUUUACUAAAGGAUCAUAAGUUGCAGAGAAAACCCAACUUCCAAAUUGCAAGCGGAAAGACAAGACAAAAAACUUUAGGAACAAAACCCAUGUUUGGAUUGGAUAAAGAUGAAUGUCCGAUGGGAACUGUUCCUAUAUUGAGAACAACAAAAGAUGAUCUUAUUAGAGAAAAAUCAUUACUCAACGAUCAUAUAUUGGUUCAAGAUAUUCCUGGUGUUCAUAUUGCAGAAGUUGCCCUUAAACCAAAUUAUGGCCCUUAUUACGGAGUCGGAGGUUAUAUUCAAACUAGCAGAAGACUUUAUCUUGGUGCAAAAAUAAAUCCCGUCUCUCAUUAUGGAGGACCAAUUUACCUUAUUGCGUGGUCCAUUUCUCAGGAUCCUUUAACCAAAAAUUGGUGGAUAAGUAUAGAUAAUAAGUCUAUCGGAUAUUUUCCGGCAAAAUUGUUUUCAAACAUGAGUUCAGCUGAUGAAGUAGGUUGGGGUGGAAGAACAAGAACUCGUCCUGGUACUCAAAGUCCUCAAAUGGGGUCUGGCCAGUUUCCUCAUGAUAAUAAUAUUACGCACGCUUGUUUCUUUAAAGAAGCUUCAAUUCAAGAUAAUGAAAGAAAAACUCAUGGAGCUAAAGUAUAUGAAACUCGUUCUUUCAGUGACAACCCCAAAUGUUACGAUGUUAGAUAUUAUGGAGAUCAAAAACCUUUUGGUUACAUCCUCCUGUUUGGAGGACCCGGUGGUAAUUGUGGCAAUUAG